AUGGAAAACCCAGCAGGAGCAACUCAGCCAUCUGCCUCGAAGCCAGGGAAGCUGACCAUCGUGCUUGCCCUGGUGACGCUGUUGGCCGCAUUUGGAUCGUCAUUCCAGUAUGGAUAUAAUGUGGGUGUCAUCAACGCUGCAGCACAGUUCAUGCAAGAAUUUUACAACCAAACCUACCAUGAGAGAACAGGACAGUAUAUGGAUGAGAGCUCCUUCACCUUACUCUGGUCUCUCAGUGUGUCCAUGUUUCCCCUGGGAGGCUUCCUGGGCUCCCUAAUGGUUGGCCCGAUGGUGAACAAAUGUGGCAGAAAGGGGACCCUACUGAUCAACAACAUCUUCUCCAUCAUCCCCGCCAUCCUGAUGGGAACUAGCAAAGUGGCCAAGUCAUAUGAGAUGAUCAUCCUUUCCCGUAUUGUGGUGGGAAUUUGUGCAGGUUUGUCCUCCAACGUGGUCCCCAUGUACUUAGGAGAACUGUCCCCCAGAAACCUGCGGGGAGCCCUUGGCGUGGUGCCACAGCUUUUCAUCACGAUCGGCCUAAUCAUCGCCCAGAUCCUAGGCCUCCGGAGCAUUCUCUCAAGUGAAGAAGGCUGGCCCAUUCUGCUCGGCCUGACGGGUGUUCCUGCGGGGCUGCAGCUGCUCUUCCUGCCCUUCUUUCCCGAGAGCCCCAGGUACACCCUGAUCCAGAAGGGAGAGGAAGAAAGAGCUCGAAGAGAUUUAAGGAAACUGAGAGGCUGGGAUGAUGUGGAGGAUGAGAUGGAAGAGAUGCGCCUGGAAGACCAAGCAGAGAAGGCUGAGGGACGUCUGUCUGUCCUCAACCUCUUCACCUUCCAGCCCCUGCGGUGGCAGCUUAUCUCCAUUAUUGUCCUGAUGGCUGGCCAGCAGCUGUCAGGGAUCGGAGCAAUUUUUUACUACUCAGGCAGGGUCUACCAGAAUGCGGGGAUAAAGGAGGAUGAUGUUCAGUACGUGACGGCAGGCACCGGAGCAGUCUACGGAGUGAUGACCUUCGUGGCUGUCUUCAUUGUGGAGGUCUUGGGGAGGAGGCUGCUGAUGCUCGCCGGCUUUGGCAUCUGCUGUGUGACCUGCGCUGUGUUGACUGUGGCCCUCGUGCUUCAGGACCAAGUGGCCGGGAUGCCGACUCUCAGCAUCGUCUGUGUCAUCGUGUAUGUUGUGGGACAUGCAAUCGGGCCCAGUCCCAUCCCUGCGCUGGUAAUCACAGAGAUGUUCCUGCAGUCCUCCCGUCCAGCUGCGUUCAUGGUUGGAGGGGGGGUUCAUUGGCUCAGCAACUUCACCGUGGGGCUGGUAUUCCCUUAUAUCCAGGGAGCCCUUGGCCCUUACAGCUUUAUCAUCUUUGGCAUGAUCAGCCUGCUCACCACCAUCUAUACCUACUUGAUUGUCCCGGAGACCAAGGGCAAAACAUUCAUGGAGAUCAAUCAGAUUUUCGCCAAGCGGAACCAGGUUGACAGCCAAGAUGAUAAGGAGGAACUAAAGGACUUCUAA